AUGUUCAAAUCCAUGUUUACAUGUUGCGGCCAGAGGGAUUCAGUUGUGAAAUCCAAUGAACCUUCUUCAUAUGGACGUAUUUCAAAUGGUUCAAAACAGUACAUCGAAAGUCUCAACCAGAUAAACGACUUGUUACGAUUGAAGAAAUCAAACAGUAAAAUGAGCUUUACAAAACUAAUUAAGAAAAUCACCUAUAACACUCAUGAUUCAACAAUCCAUGAAGAUGAUUUUAAAGAGCUAAUAGAAGAAUUCUCUGUAGAUGAAGAGACAGGAGAGAUUGAUCCGAAGACAAGGCACUUAUUAGCCUUCUCCAAAAGAGAUUACUUCUAUUGCGAAGAGGACAUUAUUUGUCAAAUAUACGAAAAUUUGGACGCACUUAAGGUUAAAUUGUUCCUGUUUUUGGUCUUAAGAGAUGAUAAGGCUUGUAAAGUCAAGCUCUUUGUCCAGACUAUUGCUGCUGAGAGCAGUAGUAGUGAGAUGAAGCAAGAGAAGAAUUAUUUAGAAGGUAACAGGGUCGUGAGAGACCUGGAUAGAGUUGAACUGGAUCAGAAGAGGAAAGAAAGAAUCCUGCUUCAUGCUAGGGAUCCAUAUGUGAUACUAGUGAUGUCACUGCUGUUUGCAGGAGCUAUUCUGCCUUUUGUAGAUUAUUAUAAUGAAACAGAGCAUGAUGGGAAGGAUUAUGAGUUUUCUCUGUUCUUGCAACUAGCUACUACAAAUAAGUAUAUCUUCCAGUCAUUUUCAACUUAUUUUGCAGACAACUAUCUCUUCUUCAACACCCCUGCACAUGAAGAAAAGAGUGAAUUCACACUAAGAGAAUUUGAAAAUUUGUGAAUGAAUUCAUAUGACCUUCUCUUUGAUCCUAAGAAAAUUCGUAAGCUCUUCUUGAAAUUCGCCACCAACAACAAGGAAAAAUGCCUAAGGAGACCAAGCGAAAGUGAAAGUAAAAGCCAGCAUAAAUCUGAGCUCUAUGUGGUUAAAAAGAUCGAAUCAGAUGAUGAACCAGUGCAAGGACAAGCUGAAAACCUGAAUUUUCAAAUGAAUCCCCCUAUAAGCACAUGGAAAAGGAUGAGUGUCUUUAGAGCCAAAGGCAAACAACAGAAUUUUUUUAAUGAAGAUAAAGAGGUUCCUGUCUUUCGUGAUGGUGAAGAGGAGAAGUCUAUAAGCGUUAUCACUCCAGACAAGUGCUCUUAUAAAGAGAUAGACAUGACAGACUCAAGACUUAAGUUAGAAAACACAGGUGUAACUUUGUGAAAAUCAAAUACUCUCACUGGAAUGGACAAAAGUAAGGAAAUUAAACUAGAGAAUUCUGAAUUCCAGAAAUAUCUUGAGUGAAAGUUUGGAGCUGAGUUACUGACUUUUCUUCAAAACCAUUUCCAGAACUACAUCAUCAAGGAAGCUUAUAAAUGCGCAGAAGAGGAAUGAGGGUAUGAGCGAGUUAGAAAAAUGGAUAUGUCGAACAGUUUUAAAACAAGCCCUAAUGAAAGUUUAGUUAAGAACAGCUUCAAUCACUCAUACAGAUAUAAUUCUUUAAGGAGCGUUAAUGAUAAAGUCUUUGCAAAGCUGAGUGCUCAAGAUUACUGAAAUAAUGCUAUAAAGAACAAAAUUUCUAUGAGAGAUUUCAAAGAAUAUUAUAUGGGAGAUCAAAAUUGCGAGAAUCUUGUUAAUGCCUAUCUUCGGCUUCUAGAAGUUUACUCUGAGCUCAAAGACUUACAGACUCAAUAUGAAAAUCCUGACUACAUCCCAGUAGGAAUAAAGAUCUUUGAGACAAACUAUCUUGAUGAAUUUAUUAUGGAGAACCAUACAGGUGUAAUUUCAGAUGCUAUUGACGAAGAAUUGCAGGACUUCCUAGAUCAGCAAUUUCUAAUAAUCCCUGCAAAUAUAAACGGAAGGACUGUUGCUUACAUUGUAGAGCUACCUCUGGGACCUGCCAAUGAGUCACCCUCUAACCCAUCAGCUUAUGAGGAGGAGGAGAUCAUCAAGGUAGAUCUUUACUUAAUAAGAGACGAUAAACUAACUGAAGAAGAGGAGCAAAACUUUAAUGAACGGUGAAGCAUUGUUAUUGUAGAUCUCCUUGCCAGAGCUUUUGAUGUUGUAAUUAUCCCCUUCAAUGUUGACAAUAUUGACGCAAAGGUUCAUGAGACUGAAAACCUCUCGAUGAUCCUACAAGAAAUAGAGAAUAAGGUUUGAGGAAUAACAGAAAACCAGUUGGCUCUGACUGAAGAUAAAAUAAAGCAUAAGGUGAUAGAUAGACUAUCUGCACUUAUUGAAACAUAACAUUAAUUCAAUAA